AUGGCAUUCCACCAUUGGACAAGGUGGGCCAUGGACAACUGUCGAAGCGAUGCGUUGGCAGUUUUCGCCUCAACAAUCUAUACUAUGACCCAAUUGAUCGUCCAGCGGCAACCGCAUAUGAGGAGCCCUGUCCAAUGGCUUCUCAUCGCCGUUGCUUACCCUCCCAACCACCCUCACCUCCUCAAGUUUUGCCUGUUGAUUGACGCUAACAAAGACGGUCUGCUGUACAGAGUACUCCUAGCCAGAACCAAAAAUCUGUCCAAGGGUUCCUCAAAGACCCAAUGGGUGUGA